AUGUCAUCGUCCAACCCUCCUGGCCCCCAUGUUACCACGAUGCGUUCAAACUCAACAGAUGCGACACCAUCCACAAACGAAGAUAUCCCAGUUGUAUCCAAGCACUGCACCGUAACCUCCCAGCGCGUCCCAGCGACAUCAACAUCCGCAGGCAUCGAAAAGCCCGGCGUCGCGCGAUGCAAUGUCGUCGAAGGAGACAACUCACCAGGCUCCAUGAAACAAUUCCACGAAUUUACACCAAUGCAGCAACACGUCCUCUUCUGGGACCGCGACCGCGACGGCCAAAUCUACCCCUUGGACACAUACACCGGCUUCCGCGAUCUCGGAUUCAAUAUCCUCUUCUCCCUCCUCGCCACGCUAAUCAUAAACCUGAACUUCUCGUACCCGACUCGUCUGGCACACUCGAUCAUCCCGGACCCGCGGUUCCGGGUAUACGUGGAUAGUAUAUACAAGGCGAAACACGGGUCCGAUAGCGGGACGUUCGAUGCAGAGGGCCGGUUCGUGCCGCAGGCCUUUGAGGAUAUGUUUUCCAAGUAUGACUGUGAUGGCGACGGGGCGUUGACCUUUGGCGAGUUGUUUGAGAUGAUGCAUGGGAACCGGUGUGCGGCGGAUCCGUUUGGGUGGGGAGCCGCGUUCUUCGAAUGGGGCUCGACGUGGCUGCUCAUCCAGAAAGACGGGAAGGUGUACAGGGAGGAUCUACAGGGUGUAUAUGAUGGCUCUAUCUUUUGGAAGAUCGCGAAUGCGAGAAAGUCCGGUAAAGGGUGGUCCCAAGGUUUUGGGUUAGGUGGCGAUGGUUUCCUGGGAGGCGUCAAGGUUGCCUGA